AAAAACAAACAAAUUUGCAGGAGCAACACGCAUACAGUCUCACCAACAUAAACUUUACUAUAAAACAUAUACAUUUCACACAUACAGAAACAAACAUAAACACAUACACAAACAUACUUUUACAUACGCUACGAACGGUAACUCGUCAGAUGUCCGUAAAACCAUCUAUGAUUGGUCAAUUUGAUUUUAGUCAUUAAACCUAAUCUGAUUGGCUAAUAUCCUGAAAGCGGUUAAGUUAAAUGUCGUAGGAGCAAAUUAAACUCCAAGAAAACAACAUUGGAAUAGUUUAACUGUUGAGUGAAUCGAAAUGGAUACUGUGACUGAAUACGAAAUCUUUGAUUUCCAGCAAGAAUAUGAAACUUUUUAUUUGAAGUUGUUGCAGUUUGAGGAGAAAUUUAUGGAACAAAUCAAUGAAAACUGGAUUAAAAGGGUUCUUGUUACCCAAAAUAAUCACAACUCCAGAAUAAACAGUGGCAAAGAAAAAUGCCAAGAGUUGAGUCUACAUUUGGAGAAGAAGCAGGAAGAAUCUCAGAAAAAGUGCCGUGUCCUUGAGGAACGUAAUUCUAAAUUGCAAGAACUGAAGGCUGUUUACCGUGAAGUAAACUCCGAAGCCAAUGACCUUGUCUACAAGAAGGAACAAAUGGAAAAAGACUUGAUGUUAAUGAUGGAGAAAAUACAUCAAGAGAAGGAUUUGAUAUCCAAACAAGAUAAUAGCGUCAGUAAAAAAAUGAAAGAAUAUGAAAAAGCCAAGAAUUAUUUCAUUGAGAGAUUGGGUUUGCGUUUCAAGAAGACGCCAAGUGAUCAAAUACAGAUGGUGUUUAAAUCAAUUAAUCAUCGCAAACCCAACAAACUGUACAUUUUCUCUAUAAAGAUUGAUGAAAACAGCAAAUACCUUGUUUCUGAGUGCCACCCGUUGGUUCCAAACAUAGAGGAACUUGUUCAAAAGUUGAAUGCAACCAAUAACUUGAGCAACUUCAUUCUGUCAAUGAGAAAAGCUUUCAAAAGCCUCUGCCACUGAAAUGCAUUAUCUUUCCACAGCAGUUUACUCCUGAUCUGAAGAUGUGGUGGGUUUACACUGCAGUUUACCUCAGACCAGAAGAUGAGGUCUGUUUUUACAGCAAUGACAUCAGAGUGUGCUUACAAUGUGUUUUUCCUUUAUAUAUAUAUAUAUAUAUAUAUAUAUAUAUAUAUAUAUAUAUAUAUAUAUUUUAUUUUGCUUGAUUCUGUUACUAUAUGGGGAGCUUUUGUAAACUCGGUGUACAUGUGACCAUGAUUAUUUUUUUUUUAAGUUGUGAGUGAUAGCCUUGGUGAUCAUUGUUUUUGUCUCUCUUACACACACACACACACACACAUUGAUGAUCUGUAAAUAUGUAUACUCAUGCACAUACUUUCAUUGGGUACACACACGCAUUUCUCUUUGUCUCUUUCUGUAUAUGCUAGGGUCCUGUGAUGAGCCUACGAAACUAAGUUGCAUGGGGCUGAAUCAAACUGUUUUAAAUAAAAGUAUAUGUAACUCCUUUUUCUUUCAAAUGUCUACUCACUCACUAUAUAAUAUAUAUAUAUAUAUAUAUAUAUAUAUAUAUAUAUAUAAUAAUACAAAUAAUAUGUGAAUAUAUGCAUAUAUACGUACAUGUAUGUACAUACCUGCAUUUACAUGUAUAUAUAGAUGCAUAUCUGGGUACAGGAUGUCACAAAAAAUAUGUGGACAAAAUGAAAAGCAGAACAUAAAAAGAGCACAGAAAACAAACGGGCCACAUAGAAAAUAUUUCCUUCAUCAGCUACCCCUAUAGUAAACUAAGCGUUUCGAAGAAUUAGGGCAGGACGCAUGGUUAGAAUAGUUCUUCCCACGGAAACAAUUUAAAUUAAAUUAAAUUAAAUUUGUAAUGCAGAGGAAUAGUAGCAAACAGAAAACACAACAGGAAGACGAAACUGAAAAUAAACAAGAAGGGCUGUAGGCCAGACGUGAAAAAAUAUCUGUAUACUGAACACUGUGAUGUGACGAACUGGAGAGAGAAGAAAAUUUGUGUUAGCUUGGCAGUGGCCAACACACACGUACACACACACACACACACACACACACACACACACACACACACACACACACACACAUACACACACACACACACAUGCACACACACAAUAUAGCAAAAUAAAAGCAGAAUCUCACAUCCCACCUCAUUUUAUCAGUUGCAUGACUCUCUUCUUUGAUAUGUCUCUUGAACUUCCACACCAAACCAUACCUCUUUUCUCAGCCAUAAUCUCCUCCUCCCAUCUGAUUAGAUUACCUUUAAUUCCAUUUCUUUUUAAAUGUGAAUUUGAAGAAUAAAGGAAGAAAGUAACCAAAACAUUUAAACGUCCUUUUCUAUUUUGUUUUAUCUUGGGAGGCUCAUCUAUGUCAAUAGCAAACACUUGCACUGGUUCUACUUCACUUCAUUAUUAUUUAUUUACCAAUUGGUCAACUAUUUAAAAUGAAAAAAAAAAAACGUAACUACUGGGGGCGAUUCAUUCAACUAAAAAUUCUUCAAGUUGGUGCCCCAGCAUGAUCACAACCUAAUGACUGAAACAAUUGAAAGAUAAAAAAUACUUAACCAAAUAACUAAAUUGUUUGGUUAAUUGUCUGGCUAAUUACUCAGUCAAUUUGGCUUGUCAAUGCACUGGUUCUACUACUCUUCUUAUUUAUUUGUUCAUUGGUUAUCUAUUUAAUCAAUUGACAAAUAAAUAAUAAAGAAGUGAAAUUGAACCAGUGUGUGUAUGUAUUAUUAGUAUAACGACCCUCUCGAGAUGCAACAAAAUAUAUUUUCACUAUAUGAGUUCACAUCAUGAAAUACAAAAACUAAAUAUCUCAGUCUAUAUUUAUUUCUUUUGUUGGUCUGCCUUUGGAAAAGGUAUGCAUGUCAUAAUCUCUCACCAAUAUUAUAGUAGCUAUGCAUAGAAAUAAUUUUUGCAAUAAAAUAUUCUCUUCUGUUGA